AUGACUAAGAGCAGCCGACUCCACAUGAAUUCCAACAUAAGGAACACCUUUUUCUCCGAAAUUGGCAUUGGGAUCUCAGCCAACAGCUUCCUUCUUCUCUUCUACAUACUCAAGUUCAUGCACGGGCACAGGCCCAGACCCACUGACCUGCCCAUUGGUCUCUCGGCCCUAAUCCACCUGCUGAUGCUGCUCACCAUGGCAUUCAUAGCCACGGACAUUUUCAUUUCUUGGAGGGGAUGGGAUGACAUCGUAUGUAAAUUCCUUGUCUUCCUGUACAGAUUUUUGAGGGGCCUCUCCCUUUGUACCACCUGCCUGUUGAGUGUCCUCCAGGCCAUCAUCCUCAGCCCCAGAAGUUCCUGUUUAGCAAAGCUCAAGCAUAAAUCUCCUCAUCACAUUUCAUGUGCCCUUCUCUUUCUGAGUGUCUUCUAUAUGUUCGUCAGCAGUCACCUCUUAGUGUCGAUUGUCACCGCACCUAACCUGACUUCGAAUCACUUCAUGUAUGUCACUCAGUCCUGCUCUCUCCUACCCAUGAGUUACCUCAUGAAAAGCACGUUUUCUACGCUGUUGGCCAUCAGGGAAGCCUUUCUUAUUAGUCUCAUGGUCACCUCGACUUCGUACAUGGUGGCUGUGUUGUGCAGGCACAGGAAGCAUCUUCACAGCACCAACCUUUCUCCAAAAGCAUCCCCAGAGCAAAGGGCCAGCAGGACCAUCCUGAUGCUCAUGAGCUUCUUUGUGCUGAUGUCCAUCUUGGACAGCAUUAUCUCCUGCUCAAGAACCAUGUUCCUGAAUGAUCCAACAUCUUACUAUGUCCAACUCUUUGUGGCCCACAGCUAUGCCACAGUCAGCCCUUUUGUGUUCAUGAGCACUGAGAAACAUAUAGUUAACUUUUUGAGUUCUAUGUGUGAGAAGGUGAUAAAUAUUUGA